AUGAAUGCUACUGUCCAGGCCGCGACUCGAGUCAUCAUUGACACGGAUGUCGGCGGAGAUGACAUGACAGCUAUGCUACUAGCAAUGGCUGCCCUGCCGGCAGUGAUGGAGGUUGUGUUACUUACUGCAGUUUGGGGCAAUGUAAAUGUGGAAAAGGGAUUGAAAAAUAUUAUCUCAAUGUUUCAUAUCCUGUCCCUGGAAAUGGACUGGCGCAAGAAACAGGGUCUGCCUCUCGGCUUUGAAGCCUUUCGAUCCUUCAAACCUCUUGUUAGUCUUGGCUCAGGACAUGCUCUGGGAAAACCUGUGGUAAUAGAAAAAGAUGGAUUCCGUGAGUUUAGCAUCCCCAAAUACCUUCUGUGCUGGAAGAAAUCGAAUCUGACUUACAUGCUGCAAGAUGGACCCGAUGGGCUACAGAACUUCUACAAAUUGCAUCCUGAUCUUGCACCAGACGACUCUUGGAAAUCGCUUUUCGAAGAUGACGUGCCCAGCCCGAAGGAGAGACCUGAAUAUUUCAACUAUUUUAACGCCUCAAGACUUCCAGCUCACAAAGAGAUAAUACGUGUUCUGAAAGAAAACCCGCCGAACACGAUCACGGUUUUUGCCCUUGGUCCCAUGACGAACAUUGCGCUGGCUGCAGCAGAAGACCCUGAAGCACUCCUUCGAAUGAAAGAACUUCUUGUAAUGGGCGGAGCCAUUGACAGUCCCGGGAAUAUGUCUCCAGUGGCUGAAUUCAACACAUUUUACGACCCAGUUGCAUGCGCAAGGUCAUUUGCCCUAUCAUCUCGCGACCCAGCAUCUACCAUGCCUCCAGCGAACUAUUGCAAGAUCCCUCUUGGGCCGUAUCCCGAGAAACUAUCAAAACAACUCACCGUAAAGCUGUUCCCUUUGGAUAUCACGCUUACUAACUGUGUGGAUUAUGAUCGCUUUUCCAAAUCGAUCAAGCCAAAGCUCGAUGCUGGUAGUCCACUUGUGACUUUGGUUAAUACGUAUCUCACUGGGCUUUAUAAGAAAAAUACAUCGGAUCCUUGUGUUGUCCUACAUGAUCCGCUGCCUAUGUGGUAUGCGUUGACUGAGAAUAACACGGCAUGGAACUUAAGUAGUCCACGGGACAUAAGAGUCGAAACGGAGGGGCAAUGGACAUACGGAAUGGAUGUGGUUGAUAGACGUGGUGAGAAAAGGGCGAAUGGUGUGAAUGAAACAGAGGUUGAUGAUGAUACUCUGGGAUGGCUGAGUGCAGUUCGCGGGAACAGGAUUAUCCAAGCUAUGGAGAGUCCUGGGGCAGAUGCAUUCUAUGAGAGGGUUAUGAAACUUUUGGGCCUUUGA